AUGAAAUUCAACUGUUUAGUAAAUGAACAUACAAAAAAGAUUGACUAUUAUUGUAUUAACAAAUAUUGUAAAGAUAAUCGAUUGUCUUGCUAAUAAUGUAGAGCUGAGGGUUAACAUUAUAAUUGUUAUAAAUGGCUUAAAGAUUAUGAUGACCUAAUAGAAUUUUCAGAAAAUUAUAACAAAUCAGUUAAAGAUAAUUAUUAAAAAAUAGAACAAUCACUUGAUGUAAUUGGUGAAUUGUGUAAAUAACUUUAAAAUGAAUACAAAGAAAAAUAUUUCAUUCAACUAAAUGGUUAAAAUAUUCAAUAAGUACAUAAUUUAUUGUCAUCAAUGUUGUAAUUUUCAGAUAAUGAAUAAGCAGCAUUCUAAAAAUUAACCUCAGAGAUAUAGUAAAUUUAAUAAAAAAUAGAAUCCAUUUUAUUUGAUUUGAAAAACUUAGAAAAUUCAAGAAUUAAUUAGAAUUCUAUUGAGGAACAUUAACUCAUAUAAUAAUUUUCAUAAAGGGAAAAUGAUAAUAAAGCUAAGUUUGAUAAUUAAUAUGAUUAGAAUAACUUUGAAGCCUAAUCUAUAAAAUCAGGAUAAACAAAAUAGUUAAUAAAUUUAAAACCUAAAAUUAAUUAUGAAUUAUUGAAUAAUUUUAAAAUGAAAUAAGAGGAAUGGUGUUUAGCAAUUGCAUUUCAUUCUAAACAAUCAAUUAUAGCAUGCGGAUAUGGUUAAAAUAUUAAAAUAUUUAAGUAGGAAAAAUAAUUAAAAUAAUUAUAAAUAUUGACAUAUCACACUGAAAGAGUUACUUGUUUAUCUUUUUUAAAAAAAAAAAAUCAAUUAGUUUCUGGAAGUAUUGAUUUUUUAAUCAUCAUUUGGAAAGGAAAUUAAUCAAAUAAUUAUCAACUUGAACAUAAGCUUGGUGGACAUUAAAAUAGGGUUGUUAAUUUAAUAACUAAUAAAAACGAUGAUUUAAUCAUUUCAUGUGGUAUGGACUGUCAAAUAAGAUUUUGGAAUUAAAAUAUUGAAUGGAAAUGUUCUUAGAUAAUAACAGAUCACUCUAAACGUAUUUUUAGUUUAUCAUUAAAUGAUUCAGAAAAUAUGCUUAUAUCAUGUUCAGAAGAUUCUAUGAUACUUGUUAUGCAAAAAUAAACAACAAACAAAAAAUAAUGGGAAAUUAAAUAAAAAAUUAUUUUAGAAAGUUAUGGGUGUAGAAUAUGCUUUAUUAAUGAUGAGAUGUUUGCUUUUCAACCAUGGUAGAAGGAAGUUCUUUUAAUAUUUUCUUACAAUAAACGAAAAAAUGAAUUUUAAAUAAAAUAAUAAAUUUAAAUUUAAGGAGGAUAAGAUAUAGAUCUAUUUCCUUAAUAAUUUAUUAAAUAAAAAUCUUUACUUAUAAACAAAAAUUCAAAAUAUGUUUAAUUUUUCAAAUUUGGAUAGGAUAAUUAAAUUUAACUUGAAUUAACCAUAAUGUUUUAGGAUAUUUUUAUAUAUGGAGCAAUGAGUGAAGAUGGAGAGUAUUUAUUGACUUGGGAUUGGGAUAGUAAAGAAUUUUAAAUAAGAAAAUUUAAAUGA